AUGUCGAACCUUCCCGCCGAAAUUCUCAUCCAUAUAUUCAAACAUCUUGUCUCUCCAAGAGACCUCUACACUUCUCUUCGGGUAUGUCGAGCAUGGUGUGAAUGCUCGGUUGAAUUGCUUUGGCACAAACCCGGGUUCACCAGCUUUGAGACCCUCGAGAAAAUGGCGAAACUCCUUGGCGCACCGAAUCAAACCUUUACUUACUCCAGCUUUAUCCGUCGCCUAAACUUCAUUGCCCUUGCCAAAAACCUUAACGACGAUGUUUUCGCUGCACUCGCCAACUGCGAUCGUCUCGAAAGGUUGACGCUCGUCAAUUGUGUGCUCCUCACUUCCACCGUCCUCACACGCGUCCUACCCUCCUUCCCCAAUCUCGUUGCCAUUGACGUCAGCGGCGUCAUCAGUACUACUGACGAGGCCGUCAUCGGUCUCGCCUCGUCGGCAAAGCGCUUACAGGGCAUCAAUCUGACCGGUUGCAAGAACGUCACCGAUGAAGGUGUUCUAGCGCUCGCUGAAAACUGUCCCUUCCUCCGUCGUGUCAAACUGAGCAGUCUUGAGCUGCUCACUGAUGCUUCCGUUUCUGCCCUCGCCAAGGCCUGUCCAUUACUACUUGAAGUGGAUCUGAACCACUGCAAGCUGAUUACCGAUCUCUCCGUCCGGGACAUUUGGAUAUAUUGUUCCCAGAUGCGCGAAAUGAAGCUAUCCCAUUGCCCUGAUCUCACGGACGCUGCUUUCCCAGCGCCUCUCAAAGAGCAGGUUCUUCAGUCAGAAGUUCCCAACCCGUUUCCAUCAUCGGCCCCCAUAAAUUCAGACAAGUUGCCGCCACUCGACAUCUCUCGUACAUUCGAGCAUCUGAGAAUGUUGGAUUUGACCGCAUGCCCGUUGGUUACGGAUGAUGCUAUUGAAGGAAUCAUCUCCCACGCCCCCAAGAUCAGAAAUCUUGUGCUUUCCAAAUGCACUCUCUUGACAGAUAGGUCAGUGGAGAACAUAUGCAGACUCGGGAGGCAUUUGCACUAUCUCCACUUGGGACAUGCCGAAAAGAUCACAGAUCGAUCUGUUCGGACGUUGGCUAGGUCAUGCACACGCCUGAGAUAUGUCGAUUUUGCAAAUUGUACGUUACUUACGGAUAUGUCCGUCUUUGAACUAUCAGCCCUACCCAAACUCCGCCGUGUCGGACUCGUCCGCGUCAAUAAUCUGACGGACGAGGCCAUAUACGCCUUGGCAGAGCGCCAUGCUACUCUUGAACGCAUCCAUCUAUCGUAUUGCGACCAGAUCUCAGUGAUGGCGAUACAUUUCCUCCUUCAGAAGCUACACAAAUUGACGCACCUCAGCCUAACCGGUGUUCCUGCCUUUCGACAGCCUGAACUCCAAGCAUUCUGUCGAGACCCUCCUUCGGACUUUAACUCUAACCAACAGUCCGCAUUUUGUGUAUUUUCUGGCAAGGGUGUAUCCCAACUGCGAGCGUUUCUGACCGAACUGUUCGACCGUAUCACCGAGAUGAACGGCACUGACGAUACAGAAUACGAAGAUGAUGACGACGAUGAACUCGAAGAAGAGUUGGAAGAUGCCGGUGAAGACGAAAGGGAAGAUGCGGAGGAGGCUUAUGACUCCCAGCCGGUGUUUCAUGAGAUGCCUCCCCCCGUCACGCAGCAAUCCACGCAUCCUAACUCUGCACCAGACGAUGAAUUUGCCGUUUCCUACUCACAUCCCAUUCAUCCCGUUACAUUUCCACUCACUGCUACGUCAGAGGUCCCAUCCACCUCUUCAAACUUGCAAGGCGCCACUGACCGCUUGAACAAGAUCAUGGCGUCGUUACCCAGCUCCGGUCCUACUGCUGGUCCUUCUCGCCGUCUACGCCAGUCUGGUAACAGAACAAUGGCAGACAUGCUACCCAUUGUCGAAAAUUCGACCUCACCGCCACCCAGUGAUGCCGCGUCAAAUCUCAGUGGUGGUACUAACCAGUCCAACGGCGCUGGUUUCUUUCGUACAUACCAGGAAGGCGUGCCAUCCCGUAACAGUGGUGUUUUGACACCAGAUCUCAACUUUGCUGAGAUUGGCCAUGGCCGAGGAGCACAGACGGGCACGUUACAAUACCCACUAAGACGAGGGCAUGAGCACCAGCCUCAUCAUCGACCCCCAGUCAUCGACGUUGACCAGUCGAUGGCGGCUACCCCUCUCACGGCUGAAGGAGAUAGAGCAAUGGACCUUGCGGAUUCCUCCAGUUCAUAUCGCGCCCCUGUGCAAUCAGCGCCGGAUACUGGUGUCUCAUGGCCCUACCGUGAACCUCUAUCCCCCGUCACCUCAAACAAGGAGUCACCAGACCCCACGCCCAGCACUAGUAAUAUCAACGAUGUGAGGGGAAGAAGUGUGAAGCGAAGCUUCAGAAAUACUCUUAACGCUGCCGAACAUUAUGCUACUUCAUUUCUUUUUGGACGUUCACCAACCAGGAAUCCACACGAAGAGACUGGCGGGUCAAGUAAUUCGAGGGGCCAUUAG